AUGGCGGAUUCUGUUCCAUUCUUCACCUCUCUUCCCGAAGAUAUCAACUUCAAAAUUGCUUCACUUCUUCAGGUGCGGGAUUUGUGUGCUUUGGGUUGCUGUUCAAAGUUCUGGAAACAACUCUGCUUCUCUGAUUCUAUUUGGCAUCAUCUUCUCACCUACAGAUGGCCCUUAUUCCGUUCGCCUCUCUUUCCCAAUCUCAAGACAUGGAAAAGGUUGUAUUUCGAGAGGCACGUUGAGUUGGGACUUAGAGCAGUGUCUGUGGAGAGGUUUUUGAAAGCCUGUUCACGUAAUGAAUCACUGGAGGUUGGGGACUAUCUGCAAGCCUUUGAAAUCAUUAAUGGUGCAAGGUUUGGUUUUGAAGACAUCCGAAGGUUCUUGUUUAAACCUGAAAUGAAUGUGUUGGUUAACUUGGUUGGUGUGCAUUAUUGCAUAACAAACCUUGGGAUUCCGGGUGAUAAACUUGUACAAGUCCUUCGGACUUGUGAGAUCUCAAAUCGACAUGUAUGCAUCAAGUGGUGGAAACUUGGUAGGUGGAUCUAUGGCUACCGUGGUAGGGAUGAGCUACUUUUUCGUUGGGUUUCUUUGGCAGAUUUGACAACAGAAGAAGAUGAGUCUGUUUUGGGAGUGCUUCGUCGAGGUACUAUUUUUGAGGUUUUACGUGUUCAGAUCUCUGCUGUUGGUCAUAAAUCAAUACCUUGGUCCUAUCAAGAUAACCAGUGA